GAUAGUGUUUUGCUUUCAUAACCUAUGUUUACUUAAAGAGGUGCAUUUGUGUGCAGGUUUAAAUGCCGGUGAAUCCUGGAGGAAGAGAGAUGGCCAUGAUGGGAGUUUUGGCUGCAGUGCUAUUGAUGUUUGCGAUCUGUACAGGAUUUGCAAAGACGUCUGCAGAAUCUGGGUUGAAAAGUCAAGUCCCACUGGAUCUGGCUCUGAAUGCAGUGGAUGACAUGUACACUGGUUGCAAGGACAAGAUGGACUACAGGGUGAGGAAGCUGUAUCUGCCGAAUGAGAAAAACGGAGACAAAAAUUUCACACUGGCCUGGGGCGAAGCCGAGAAAUAUUACAACAAAAAAUGGAAGCGUAAGAAGGGAAUGAAACCUUCCUCGGGACUGGGUAAAGAACAGAUCAUGGCUAUUUAUGUUUACACUCUCGACAAACCAAAGGUUUACCUUGAUUUCAAUGAUGCAGUUCGAAGCAACAGGUCUGUGUACUUGACCAAGUUCAGGUAUCACGCACUUCACUUUUUCCUGACCGAUGCUCUUCAAACGCUCAGCUCCCGAAAACCUGAAGCCGAGAGAUGCGUGACUGGCUACCGCAGAGCAAACCGCUGCUUUGGACAAGACGUCCUCAACAAGGUGAUUCGCUUUGGCUCUUUUACCUCCAGCUCGAUGGGUUGGUAUCCAAGCGCUGAUCGAUUCGGUGACAAGUCUUGCUUUGAGAUCGUGACAUGCUUCGGAGUGACAUGCUUCUCAAAGCUCGGAGAGUCCGAGAGGGAAGCGCUGAUUCCUCCCCAGGAGGUUUUUAAAGUAACAAGAAUAGAGAGGAGAUCUGAUCACAAGAAUCUGCCAUGUGACGUCGUGUAUAAACUGAAGAGCACAGGCAAGACUCUCUCCAAUUUAAACUGCGCUCUUUUCGCAAACAUGCGGCGCCAUUGGUUAAAGAAGGAUGAGAAUAACUCUUUUGUCAUUUUGUGA